AUGGAAACAAAGAUCAUCUACUUCACAGUGAAUGGAAAACCGGAGCAGGCUGAGUUCCCAGUGGACUGUCCUGCGCAGGAUGUCAAAGAUCUGUUCCGUGCUGCAGCUGAAGCCGGACCCCACGACAUCCUGAAGCUAUACAACCCCAAAGGCAGCAUCAUCAACAUCUCCCAGAACCUCGAACCAAACGGCCCAAACUCAUGCUACAAGCUGGAGGUGGUGGCUGCAGACUGCAACAGUGAGCCGUUAGGUGCCGAGCUUGCUGGUGCACUCGGAUUUGACCUCUCAGCCAUGGAGAAAAGACUGCAGGGCCUGGAGAAGAAGAUCCUGAUUGAAGCUGGUGAGACUCCUGCAGUCGUGUAUGAGAUGAAGAAACAGGUGGAUUCAUUCAGAGAGAAACUAGAGAGUGUGGAGCAUCUGAGCUGGCUGGGAUUGUAUAAAGAUCUAUCAGAGGGAACACAUAAACCAUCACCAUUUUACCACAAAAGAUCUCUGCAUAAAACCAGGAAGGAGUGUGAGCAUGUACGGGAAAAGUUCCUUCAAAUGAGCUCCCUAGAGGUGUCAGAGGAAGUGCGUCAGUAUCUAAAGACUCCAACCUUUGAUAACUGGCAGUGGGAGGAUGCAGAGAUCAUGGUGCUACUGCAGGUCAUGUACACAGAUUUAGAUUUCAUCGGCACCUUCAACAUUGAGCCUGAAGUGCUGCAACAGUUCCUGUUUGAGGUCUAUCGACGAUACAACAACAUCCCUUUCCACAACUUCAAGCACUGCUUCUGUGUCACACAGAUGAUGUAUGGUUUGAUCUGGCUCACUGACCUCAGGAGUGAGAUGGACAGCAUCGACCUGCUCAUCAUGUUGACCUCUGCUGUCUGCCACGACCUCGACCACACAGGAUACAACAAUGCCUAUCAGAUCAAUGCUCGGACUGAGCUCGCCCUCCGCUACAAUGACAUCUCUCCCCUGGAGAACCAUCACUGUGCCGUGGCUUUUGAGAUUCUGGAAAAGUCAGAGAGCAACAUCUUCAGAAAUGUCUCCAUGGAUCAGUACAAACGGAUCAGAGAGGGGAUCAUCAAAUGCAUUCUGGCCACUGACAUGACAAGACACAACGAGAUCCUCAACAAGUUCAAGUCCAUCCUGCCAACUUUUGACUUCACCAACAAGGACCACAGAGACGUGUUGAUGAUGAUUUUGAUCAAAGUGAGCGACAUAUCCAACGAGGCUCGGCCCAUGGAGGUGGCUGAACCCUGGUUAGACUGUCUGCUGCAGGAAUUCUACAACCAGAGUGACAUGGAGAAGCUGGAAGGUCUUCCAGUGACCCCCUUCAUGGAUCGGGACAAAGUAACCAAACCUUCAUCUCAAACCGGCUUCAUCAGAUUUGUUCUUCUGCCUCUCUUCAUCGAGCUGGCCAAUCUCUUCCCCUGCCUUGAACAACACAUAAUCAACCCAGUGAGGAAGGCUCUGGAUUACUACACAGAGAUGGAGAAAGCCUUGGAGAGAGAGAAACAGAACCGCUCUCAGAGCGAGAAUACAUCCAAGAGUAAAGAGACGUCUGUGGGCUCACAGAGCAGAACUAACAGCCUAACUGAUGAUCGACCUGAAGCCUCCAAACCAGAUGUUUAA